AUGUUUCGCCCAAAGCAGCAGAACGUUGGAAAGCUCAGUCAGGUCAGCCUGCUGCUGAUCACCCUGACUAGUCCCAUUCACGGACUCCUUCUGUAUCCUGCCUCGACGGUGCUCCAGCUGACCUCAUCGAUCUCCAUACCCGUCGACCUGAACCCCCGCACCAAAGUCUUUAUGGACAUGGGCUUCCAGAUGAACUACAACCUGCCAGCCACGGUGUCCGCCUUCUACAAUGCCACCAUUUGGGCGGAUGAGCUGUCCCGGCGGCAAAAGCGAAAGACCGGAAAAAGCCUUGAAAGCGAUCAGCAGCAGGAUCUGGAGGGUGGGGUGCAUCCGGGCGACUUCACGGCCGGACAACUGUACGCGGGUCUGGAGCACAUGCUGGAGACCUACGGCUUUCACAGAUCCUGUCUCCAGCGCAGUGUUUGUGAACUGGCCCUGCAUCCCUUUGCAGAGGAUCAUUUCUAUGGGAUGGUCACCCAGAUCAUCACCUUUCUGCUCACACCCUCUCAACACGAAGGAUUCACCGAAGACGAGCAGCUCUAUCGUGAAAGAUACGAAAGAGCGGAGCAGAUUGGCUUUCUUGGCGGACAAUGCCAUCGCUCGUAUCCCAGUUGUGAAGUAGAUAUCAUAAACUUAGCCACCCGACUGGUCAGAUGA